AUGGCCCAACCAGCCCCAUUCGGGUACCCCAACUCGCCAUACACCCCGACCUCGUCAUACGCAGCAACGUCCGUCUUUGCCUCCCCUCCCCCCAUGUCACCGUCGGCACGCAAACGGCACGCGACAGGUUCCCCGACCGAGACGGGGACAAGCCAGCCGCCAGAUGCCAAGCGCCGCCGGCCAAACCUCGCCAACGGGUUUGGUGCCAUGUCCAUCAGUCCGCGUAACAGCGACACCCCAGCCCCAGGCAGAUGGACUCCACCGCCUGAUGCCACAGUUCACGAUGGCGUAGACGAGCUCUUGGAGCCCACACAGCCGCCGCUGGACGGCGACGUCGGUGUAGAGGAAAUCCCAGAACGUCUCCACGGAGGGAAUGGCCACCACCGACUCAAGCGGUCGCGCGGUUGGCACCGAAACUCGUCCUUCUCCAGCUCUACGGACCCCAGCGAGGAAGAGUACGAGUCGGACGCGACCUUUCGUCUGCCCUUGCGUCCCACUCCGCCCGUCCAGGCGAGCGCGGUGGAGCACCCGCACGACUCUCCGGUCCAAUCCUACCAGUCGCUGGAUGGACCACAUGUCGAAGUCAUAGACACGCCGUCCAAGCGGAAGCAGCGAAGCACCGAGGGGGAACCGCGUGCCAAGCGGCGUCGCGACGUGGCCCCCAUAGAAGUCGACAUGGAGGGCUUGCCUGAAGGCUCAUAUGGUCCUGGAUGGUACGAGCCUGAAAAGGACCGCAUUGUCAUCACCUCGCUCUCGUCACCCGAGGGCUCCCCCCCACCGGAUACAGCCCACCCUUAUCCGUUCGCGGACGAUGAUGGGAACGGGAACGGCAGGACAUACUCAUUCAACGAGAACCGCAACCUUUCCCAGCCGGGCGCGCACGGCUUCACCAUUUCACCUUCCCUCUUGACACAUAUCAUCAAUGCACAGCGCAAUCAAUCUGUGCAGACACCCUACGUCCCCGGCGGAGAGCGCGGCUUGGUGCUCUACCGCCCAAUCGGCACCCCAGCGGCCGAUAACGUCGUCAAGGAAUGGCACCCGGGACACCACCAUACCAUCCCGGAUCCUGACGGCGACCGCUUUGAGGAAGUCGACGACGACGAGGACCUCAUGGCUGGAAGCAGCACACCCAUUGUCGGUGUCGCUGUCGACGACAUGAUGAGCGAUUCCCAGAUGAACGGCAUGAACGGCAUGAAUGGCAACAAUUGCAAUUUCGGCGACUACUACGGCAUGGACGGCGGUGAUAGCCAGAUGGACGGCUUCAUGAACAUGAACGGUAUGGAAGCGAGUGCGCCUCAGCCUCCGGUGACAGAAGAAGGAUACCAGUGGGCUCCUGAUGAUGAGGCGAUGGACGUCGAGUAA